UUCAGUCAAAGUAUUGUGAGAAACAUGACGUGUAUUGAGUUUACGGUGAACGGAAAAAAAUGUUCAGUGGACGUGCGAACUCCCCGCGAUAUGACGUUGAACGCGUACUUGCGGUACGUACUGGCGCUGCCCGGAACGAAGGCCAUGUGCUACGAGGGCGGAUGCGGCGCCUGUUCGGUGUCGGUGCGCGCGCGCAGGGAGACCACCGGCAACACGGAAACCUUCUCCGUUAAUUCUUGUUUGGUUCUGGUGUUCUCCUGUCACGGCUGGGACAUUACCACCAUAGAGGGUGUGGGCAAUCGCCACGAUGGGUAUUCCGACAUACAGAACAGGUUCAAGGCAUUCAACGCCACGCAGUGCGGUUAUUGUACCCCGGGCUGGAUCAUGAAUUUAUAUAGUUUACAGGAUAAGCACCUGACUACUGCAGAGUUGGAAAAAUCUUUUGGCAGUAACACGUGCCGAUGUACAGGCUACAGACCCAUAUUAGAUGUCAUUAAGUCCUACGCUGUUGACGCUAGCCCCGAAUUAUGUCAGAGAGUGAAGGAUAUAGAAGAUUUGAAAAUAUGUGACAAAAAUUUUAGAAAUUGCCAAAGAAAAUGUUCAACAUACAGCGUCAGUAGCGACUGGAGCUUGUUAGAGAAUUCUUUACCUAGAACUGAGAAAACUAUAGUUUUAGAUUUCGGAAAGGAGAAAAUGUAUAAAGUUUUCGAUGAAGAAGAUAUUUUUGACAUAUUUAAUAAAUACGGAGUCGAAUCUUAUCAACUUGUCGAUGGAAAUACCGCGAAAGGUAUUUAUGAAACUUAUGAAUAUCCUCGAGUACUAAUAGACAUAAGCAAUGUGAAAUCACUAAAAGGAUAUCAGUUUGAUCAAAAUUUAAUUAUUGGUGCCAACACAUCUUUGGAGGAAUGUAGGCAAAUAUUCAACGACGUAGCCCAUUCAAAUGAUGAUUUCAGUUAUUUGUCCGAAUUUGCCAAACAUUUUGAGAGUAUAGCUCAUAUUCCUGUACGAAACAUUGGAUCAUUAGCUGGUAAUUUGAUGUUGAAACACAGCAUGCCGUCAUUUCCGUCUGAUGUUUUCUUGCUUUUAUCUGCAGUGGGAGCUGUGGUUACUGUCAGAAAUUCGAGCGGCCAGAGAACUAACUUAUACAUGACGCACUUUCUUAAAUACAAUAUGCAAGGAGUGUUGAUGCUGUCCAUAGCAUUACCUCCAUUAGGUGCAUCGAAUAUUUUUAAAAGUUACAAGAUUAUGCCGAGAAAUCAAAACGCUGUAGCUAUUGUAAAUGCAGCAUUUUUAAUAAACAUGAGUAGCGAUAAUAAAACUAUAAAAGAAGCUACCAUUGUGUUCGGUAAUAUUUCAACGGAAUUUAUCUAUGCCAAACAUACCGAAGAUUAUUUACGAAAUAAAAAUUGCUUUGACAAUAAAGUAUUACAAGGAGCUAUUAAAAAAUUACAUGAUGAAAUAUGUCCAGAGGAAAACGAUUUUUAUUCAAAAGAUAUCCGAAAAAAAUUAGCAAUUGGACUAUUUUACAAGUUCGCAUUGAGUAUUGCCCCGUCGAGUACUGUCGAUGCUCGCUACAGAUCUGGUGGCGAGUUGCUCCAACGCCCCAUCUCUCAUGGCACUCAAGACUUCCAGACAGAUUCUUCGCUGUAUCCCCUCAACCAGCCACUUCCCAAGUUAGAAGCAUUACUCCAAAGCUCCGGAGAAGCGCAGUUUGUAAACGACAUACCACCGUUCCCUUUGGAAGUAUUCGGCGCGUUUGUAUUAUCAACUAUACACGUGGGACAGAUUGAUUCUAUAGAUACAACUGAUGUUUUGAAAAUAGACGGAGUGCUAGCUGUAUAUACUGCUAAAGAUAUUCCGGGAGCUAAUUCUUUCAUACGCCCAGGAGUUCAAUUGGAGAGUAAGAACGAGGAGAUUCUUGUAAGCAGCAAUGUUAAAUAUUAUGGUCAACCAUUGGCCAUUGUUGUUGCUACAUCUCAGGAACUAGCUGCAAAUGUGGCGAAUAAAGUUAAAGUAACAUAUAAAAAUAUAAGUUUUGAGGCUCCAGUUACGACAAUAGAUAGAGCAAAAAAAGAUAGCAAAAGAUAUGUGCCAAGCGAUGAAAGUAUUGAUCCUAAAGGCCGUGGAAGUAAUGUUACAAAAACUAUAAAAGGCUUAUAUGAAGUAGGAACACAAUUUCAUUAUUACAUGGAGCCAAUAUCUUGUGUAGUGGUGCCUGUAGACGAUGGACUUGAAGUAUACGAGUCUACGCAAUGGAUGGAUUUAAGUCAAAUAGCAAUAGCACAAUGUUUGGAUAUAAAGGAAAGUCAAAUACUAAUGAAAGUGCGCCGUUGUGGGGGCGCAUUUGGUGGCAAAAUUAGUAGAAAUGUGCAGGCGGCCACAGCGUGUGCUCUAGUGGCCCAUAAGUUGACGUUACCGUGCCGUUUCAUACUACCAAUGCAAACUAACAUGUCCAUUGUCGGUGGAAGAUUCCCAACACAAUGCGAUUAUGAGGUCGGCGUGGAUGACGACGGGGAAAUCCAAUACUUACAAGCGACUGUCGUGCAAGAUCAAGGAUACUCCAUCAAUGAUUCAGUCAUUUCUUACACAGCGGGAGGCUUUCCGAAUUGCUACAAUUCUGAUUACAUGAGCGUAAAAUUUGCUUCCGUGUUCACUGAUUUGCCAUGUAACACCUUUAUGCGAGCACCAGGGACAUCAGAAGGUAUUAUUUGUAUAGAGAAUAUAAUGGAACACAUUGCAUAUGGUGUACAAAAGGACGCUACAGAUGUUCGUCUUACAAAUAUGAGAAAAGAAGACAAUGAUUUACCGCAACUUAUAGACAUAUUAAAAAAAGAAGCCGACUACGAUGAACGAAAGAAGUCAAUCCAAGAUUACAAUAAAUCAAAUCGUUGGAUAAAGAAGGCAAUCCAUAUCAGUCCUAUGAUUUUCCCAGUUGAAUACUAUGGAAAUUAUUCUGCUAUGGUGUCUAUAUACAGAGGAGAUGGAACUGUGACAAUCACCACGGGUGGUAUAGAAAUGGGUCAAGGUCUUAACACCAAAGCAGCUCAAGUAUGCGCUCAUGAAUUAAAUAUCCCAUUACGGUAUAUAUCUGUUUUACCGAGUAUGUCUUUUGUAGCAGCUAACAAUGUAUUCUCGGGUUCUAGUAUAACAAGCGAAAGUGUAUGUUACUCUAUAAUAAAAGCUUGUGAAAUACUUAAUAAGCGACUGGAACCUGUAAAACAGAAAUUGACAAAUCCCACGUGGGAACAGAUCGCUUGGAAGGCUGGUGAGGAUCUAGUUGAUUUGACUGCAAAAUAUAUGAUGACAGAUCAGGAAAAAGACUUAUCGAACUAUAGUGCAUUCGGUGUAGCAAUUCUAGAAACGCAAUUAGAUGUUCUAACAGGGCGAUAUGAAUUGUUACGAGCAGAUAUUUUAGAAGAUGUAGGGCUAAGCGCUAAUCCAACUAUUGAUGUUGGACAGUUAGAAGGAGGUUACAUUCAGGGUCUGGGAUACUUCACGACUGAGAAAAUGGUCUAUGAUGAGCAUACAGGCAAGAAGCUCAGUAAUAGAUCUCUAACAUACCAUGUACCUCUGGCCUUGGAUAUUCCAGCUGAUUUUAGGGUGAAAUUUCGAUAUAAUUCUAAGAAUCAUAAAGGUGUAUUGGGAUCGAAAACUGUUGGAGAAAUGGGCAUAUGUACUGCAUAUGGAGUGACACAUGCUUUACGCAGAUGUAUUAUGGAAUCAAGAAAGGAGUCCGGAUACGACCCUAACGAGUGGAUAAAUAUAGAUGUUCCAUACACACCAGAGUCUGUGCUAAAGGCGCUAGCUGUGAAAUUAGAAGAAUUUGUUUUUAAGCCCUAAAAUGUAAUUUUUAUAAUUGUUUUGACAACUGUAUAUUUAAUAAAGUUCAUACAAGCAUCA